CUCAUCUAACGGGCAGGCAGCUCGCCCGUGACGCGUGCCGCGUGCGUGACUGCCAGCAGCAGCAGCAAGCGGAGGAGAGGAGAGACGCGCCGCCGCCGCCGCCGCCUGCGAAGCAAAGCGGCGAGCGAGAAGCCAACGGCGCAUCAAAGUGAGGAUAUGGAGAGGGGCGCCGCCGCCGCAGGAGCGCUCUCAUGCACCUUCCGCUCCCCUUCCCCUUCCCCGACGUCCCCGGCCGCGCCCCAUUGGCGGCCUCUCCUCGGCUUCCGCUCCCGCUCCCGCUCGCGUGGCCGGGGCUGGGGCCAGCGCGCGGUGGUCGCCGGGGCACCGCGGUUAUUCCUGCCGCCACCAUGCCGGCGCUUCAGAUACUGCAGUCAAAGCAAGCUUCUAGGCACGAACAAAGGGCAAAACAGAUGCUCGUUGGCAACUUUCAGCUCAUUUGGACAGUCAGGGAUCAGUCUGAACAAUGAAGAUUUAGUGAAAGAUAAGCUCCUAAUAGAUUGUGGGGAAGAUCAAGAUUGUGUGAUUGAUGGGAUAGUUGCCUUGGGAAAGUUUGAUGCCCUUCACAUUGGCCAUCGAGAAUUGGCAAUGUAUGCUUCUAAGGCAGGAACUCCCUUUCUUCUUUCUUUUGUGGGAAUUGCUGAGGUUCUUGGCUGGGAGUAUAGGCCUCCUAUAGUUGCUCAGUGUGAUCGGAAGCGAGUGCUCACCUCUUGGGCUCCAUACUGUAAGAAUGUAGUGCCUAUUGAAUAUCAAGUUGAGUUUUCAAAGGUCAGGUACCUAACUCCGCGGCAAUUCGUUGAGAGGUUAUCAAGGGAUCUUAAAAUACAAGGUGUUGUAGCAGGUGAAAACUACAGAUUUGGCUACAGGGCAUCUGGCGAUGCAGCUGAGCUAGUGAAACUAUGUGAAGAAUUUGGUUUAAGUGCAUUUAUUGUACGGUCAGUCAUGGACACAGCUAGAUCUUAUAAUGGAGUUACAACCUCCGUAAAUUCAAGCGACAAGGGGCAGGUUUCUUCUAGUCGUGUUCGCCAUGCUUUGGCUAUGGGUGAUAUGGAAUAUGUUUCUGAAUUACUAGGGAGGAAACACCGCCUUGUGCUGACAGUUAAGGAAAACCACCUUCAGGAAAGGAAAAGGAUCAUGCUGCCAAAAUCUUGCAUGUUGAACAUGCCACCAGCUGAUGGUUUGUAUGAGAAUUGUGACCUUCUUAAUGGAGGCCAUCUUGGACUAUGCAGGGUGAUCAUAAACUCAGAGACCAUUGUAAUUGAGAUGAAAGAUGAGAACAGUUUAUUACCAAAUACUAUUCAAGAAAAUCAGCAAUUAGGUAUUGAAUUUGGAUGAUAUGGUACAGCUCAAUUCAUGAUUGGUGACAUGGCAGGUCAUAUUUUGUACUAUAUCUUCAUUAUAUCUGGCACCUUGCGGAUUAGUUUGUGUUGAUGCUAAAUAGUGCUGAUUUUAUCUGGAGGGGAUAUAGAGCAAGAAAGAAAAAAACUGAGAACUUUGUAUUCAAGGGUGUAUACCUCAUCGUGAUCAAGCCAAAGAGCAUCUUAUAGAUGAACAGAGAUUUUGUGCAAAUUUGCAUUUCAUGCAACGAGAAGACAUGGUAGUCAGAGAGGACAUUGUCCUUUUUCUCCCUGGGAAUUGGCAACGAUAGAACUGACUAGCUUCUAGCUAGCUGUAUCAGCAAAGCUGAAGCACAAGGAAACAUACAAGGGAACUCAUUUCCCAAAUCCCACCUAGUACGUUUUUCCAGCUUAUGAAAUUGUGAUUUGUACAAAUAGGUUUCAUUUACACAGCAACUUCCCAUUGUUAGAUAGCAGCUUGUUCCAUCAACAGUUAAUGAAAUAUGUUGCUUGAUCUUCGAACAUCUGGAGAGGUCUGGUCCCUAACAACGUUGAGUUUAGCCUAAUCUAGCUUAUGAAAUUGUGAUUUGCACAAAUAGGUUUCAUUUACACAGCAACUUUCCAUUAUUAGAUUGCUGCCUGUUCUAUCAACAGUUAAUGAAAUGUGUUGCUUGAUCUUCGAA